AUGUGGUAUCUAAUGCAGGGUUUUGACCCAAAAUAUUGACAGUUCCUCUCCCCCGUCCCACCACCAACAGAUGUUGCUCAACCCAAUGAGUUCCUCCAGGAGAUUGUUGCUCCAGAUUCCAGCAUCUGCAGUCUCUUGUGUCUCCAAUCUAUCCACUCUCUCUGGUACUAAAGAACCCCAUUCCUGGCAACAUCCUGGUGAAUCUCCUCCGCACUCUCUUCAGCACAACCUGAUGAAGAGUCUUUGACUUGAAACAUGAUCUUGUUUCUCUCCCAUAGAUGCUGCCUUACCUACUAGGUUUUAUUUUUAUUUCAGUUAAGAGUCACGUUUGGGGGUCCAGAGUCACAUAUAGGCCAGAGUGGGUAUGGACAGUAGAUUUCCUUCUCUGUAGAUCAUAAGGGAACCAGAUGGACUUUUUAAUGACAAUCCAGUAGUUUAUAUGAUUAUUGGUAUUGAAGUUAGAUGGUUUAUUUUUAAUAAUAGACUAAUUUAAUGCAUUAAUUUGAAUUUCCUAAUUGCCAUGGCAAUUGUUCACAGCUUUGGAUCAAUAGUCCAGAAUCCUGGCAGCUAGACAAGUAAUGUAACCACUAGGGAACCAUACCAAGUUGUGAAACCCCACUGGUUCUCAACCUCCUUCUGGGGGAAGAACUCUGCCCUUCUCACCACAUACUGUAUUGCAAUCCUACUGCAAUUGAUUGACACUCAUUAGGACCUCACAAGUCACUCAACUGAAGGGCACUUUAAAAUGAGCAACAAAUCCUGGGCUGACCAUAGUCUCCAACUUUCCUGAAUGAAAUAAAGUUCUCCAGAGUUUUCUACCGCCGAGAUAGAGCAUGCGGACAUGCGGUUUAAUUGUCUGAUGUUUAACAAUGCUCAUUGGUUAAUCCAAUUAAAGCAACCAGGAAGUUGGACAAACAUCAGGCAAGUUCACAUUUUGGAAAUGUAACAAGACACAACAAUCAGGUUUUAGGAAGCUGAAGAGGGCAGUGUGACAACCGAUCACCCCCAACCCCAUCUUCAUGGCCAAAACCUUAAGAAGGAUUUGUCCCUGUUUAAAUUCGGCUCCAGGGAGGAACCCCAGCGACCAAAUAUCGGUAAAGCGUCACGGCGGGGACAGUCGGCACACAGUCUUCACAGCGCUGUAUGAUUUCUGCGCUAGGACCAGCGAUGAACUCUCUUUUCAAACGGGGGAGGAAUUUGAAAUCCUUAAUAAUGACAAUUACUCUGACAGACCUUGGCUGCUUGCGAGAAAACGAAAUUGUAACAAUGGCGAUAAGCGCACGGGAUAUAUUCCCUCUAAUUACAUUGCCAGGAAGGAAAGUAUCGUCGCAGAACCCUGGUUUGCUCAGGACCUGAGCCGAUCUAAAGCAGAAGGUAUCCUCUUCACGCAGCCUAUAACUGGAUCCUUCCUCAUCCGUGAAAGUAACAAUCAAGAAAAUACAUAUGCAUUGUCAGUACUAGAUGGAACCACUGUAAGACACUACCGUAUCAUCCAAAACAAAGCUGGGCGGUUUUACCUGAAUGUAGACAUUCAAUUUUCCAGUCUGAAAGAACUGGUGGAAUACUACAAAUUAAAUUAUCUUCGGCCAGGUCUCCGAUUAACUAUACCUUGUCAGAAACAACAUCAACCAAAUAUAAGAGAUUUGUCCCAUUUGACUGUGGAUAACUGGGAGAGGCCCAGGACGGAAUUCACUUUAACAGAAAAGCUGGGUUCUGGACAUUUUGGAGAAGUAUAUGCUGGAUAUUGGAAUAAUACUGUUCAAGUAGCCAUCAAGACAGUAGAAGUCGGUGUAAUGAAUGAAAAAGAGUUCCAGGCAGAGACGCAGAUUAUGAAGAAGCUGCACCAUCCGCAUCUAAUACCUCUGUAUGCAGUAUGCACGACGGCUGAUCCUUUCUACAUUGUGACAGAACUAAUGAAGUAUGGCAGCCUGCUAAGUUAUUUACGAAGCAACGAAGGAUCCUAUUUGAACUUGGAACAAUUACUUGACAUGAUAGUCCAAGUAGCAGAAGGGAUGUCAUACCUGGAAUCACACAAUUAUAUCCAUCGUGAUUUGGCUGCCAGAAACAUUCUGGUUGGAGAUAAUCACACUUGCAAGAUUGCUGAUUUUGGAUUAGCCAGAUUUAUAAAGGAUGACACAUAUGUGUCACAGUCUACUACAAUUCCAUAUAAAUGGACGGCCCCAGAAGCUAUUGAACAUGGUUAUUUCUCUGUGAAGUCUGAUGUGUGGUCUUUUGGCAUUCUUCUUUAUGAAGUAGUAACUUAUGGUAAAACCCCAUAUCCAGGUAUGAACAAUCAAGAAGUAGUGAGCAUGGUUUCUAAAGGUUACCGAAUGCCUUGUCCUGAUGGAUGUCCAAGCACACUGCACAAAGUAAUGUUGAACUGCUGGGAGAAGGUAGCAUCAAAGCGCCCAUCAUUUGCGACAUUAAUAAAAAAUCUGUUAGCCUUCGACAUAAAUCAUUCAUGUUAACCCAGCAAUGUGAAAAUCAAAACAACUGUUGAUGCUGGAAAUCUGAAAUGAAAACAGAAAAAGCUGAGAAAUACUUCGCAGAUCAGGCAGCAUCUGUGGAAAGAGAAACAGAGAUAACGUUUCAGGUUCAAGGCUUUUCAUCAAAGCCUUCAUUCCUGAAAUGUUACCUCUGUUUCUCUUUCUAUAGAUGCUGAAUGUCCACCAUUUUCUGAUUUUAUUUCAGAAAUGUAAAUUAAAACAAAAUAUUAUUGCUGCAAUGCAUGUAAUUGCACCUAAACUUUAAGUCCACUUAAUUUCUACAACAUUAACCAGUCUAGGGGCAAUUGACAGGUGGGUUAAACUUUAAUGGUAUCACCAGAGCUGUACAAAACAUUGAAUACAAUUUAUUUCUUACCAUUAGCAGCACAUGGUUCCCGUUUAUAAAGAUCUUUAAAAUAAUAUUAUCUGUAUCCAGUGAUUACCACCUGUAAGUGUUGGAAGUAUUUGGGAGAAAUUAAAAAUUUUAUUCUGAAGUAUUUUACUUUGAUCACUUUUUAA